UGGAGAUGCUGUAAGACCUGUGUUAUUCCUUCUUCCUAAUUUUUCCAUGCAUAUUCUUCGACCACACGAACAAGAUCACCAGCAAGCUCCACCAUGCGUCUAUCUCUUUUUUUAACAAGUGUCCAGAUCUAUUUUUAUAUUUUUUACACUCUCCCAGUCUCUCUCUCUCUCUCUCUCUCUCUCUCUAUCAGUCCAUUAUUUUCUAGGAUUUUCACAAAAGAAGCGCCAACGAAUUUGGAUCCAAAACUCUACUCUCCAUCUUUAUAAUUAUCACAUCAUCACCAGCACAGAAUAUUAAGAAAAGGGCUUGAAUUGAUAGUGAAGCAUGUCAUUGAUGCUUGUUUCUCUAGUUAAAUCGAACCUUUUUUGUACAGGGUUAAAGUUUGGGAUAGAAAAGCGAUGGAUAGGCUCAAGGCUCCUGCUCGCCUCAUGAUAGUUUCGGAUCUUGAUCACACAAUGGUUGAUCAUCAUGAUCCCGAGAACAUGUCUCUUCUUAGGUUCAAUGCCUUAUGGGAGGCCUGUUAUCGUAAUGAUUCUCUGCUAGUUUUCUCCACUGGAAGAUCACCUACGCUUUAUAAGCAGUUGAGAAAAGAGAAACCCAUGUUAACACCUGAUAUAACCAUAAUGUCUGUGGGAACUGAGAUCACGUAUGGCACCUCCAUGGUGCCUGAUGAUGGUUGGGUUGAAGUUUUGAAUCAGAAAUGGGACAGGAACCUAGUCACUGAGGAAACAAGCAAGUUUCCUGAACUUACUCUUCAGUCAGAAACAGAGCAACGGCCUCACAAGGUCAGCUUUUAUGUUGAUAAAGCCAAUGCUCAGAAUGUGACGAAGGCGCUAUCAGAGAUAUUUGCAAAACGUGGGUUGGAUGUCAAGAUAAUUUAUAGUGGUGGAAUGGACCUGGAUAUACUACCCCAAGGUGCUGGCAAAGGACAAGCUCUUGCGUAUUUACAUAAGAAGUUUAAGACUGAAGGAAAACUACCUGCCAAUACUCUUGUUUGUGGUGAUUCUGGAAAUGAUGCCGAGCUGUUCAGCAUUCCAGAUGUACAUGGAGUGAUGGUUAGUAAUGCACAAGAAGAGUUGUUGCAGUGGCAUGCUGAAAAUGCUAAAGGCAAUGCUAAAAUAAUUCAUGCAACCGAGCGGUGUGCAGCUGGGAUCAUACAAGCUAUUGGUCAUUUUAAACUUGGUCCCAAUACUUCUCCAAGAGAUACAACCAACCUUUCAUACUUUGAGUCGGAAAACAUCAGUGCCAGUAGCGAAAUAGUGAGAUUUUUCAUGUUCUAUGAAAGAUGGAGGCGUGCAGAGGUUGAAAACUCGGAGCUAUAUUUGGCAAGCAUGAAAGCUGAUUGUGAUUCAUCUGGUAUUCUUAUCCACCCAUCUGGUGCUGAGCUUUCUCUUUGUGAUGCUUUAAAUGAAAUGAGGAGCUACUAUGGUGACAAACAGGGCCAAAAAUUUCGAGUUUGGGUGGAUCGGGUACUAUCCAUACAGACUGGUUUGGACACGUGGCUAGUAAAGUUCAAUAAGUGGGAAUUAUCAGGGGAUGAGCAGCAAGGUUGUGUGAUCACUUGUAUAAUAAAUAUAAAGAAGGAUGGUGUUUCUGGGGCAACUUACAUGCAUGUGCAUGAAACUUGGCUGGAAGGAUCAGGAGCUAAAGAUCAAUCAACCUGGCUGUUCUAGAUUGUGUUUACAGCUCAAAGCUCAGAUGCAGACAGCUCAUAACCGUCUUCGAAGUUCGAACACAAUAAAAUUAAUCAAAUGAUGAUUUUCAGCUUUGUAAUUUGAUCAUUGUUGUAUGAACAUCAACUUCAUGGUGAUCGGCUAUUACAUAAUAAAUGAAUAUGAUUAAUA